AAUUGUCUGAUUUUAACUUCGUAUGAGGUUUGACUAAAUUUUAAGGAUUAAUUUAUAAUUUACCGUAAAUUAAUUGUCUUCCCAAGGGCUACCAGGAGGAGAAGAAUAGAAAAGCUCUGUUGUAUGGUUGGGGAAGUGAAAAUGACCAACUCUUCAUAGCUUCAAGAACGCUAUCCAGGAUAUCCGUCUGAAAACAGGUUGGCAUGAACUCCUUGUGCUUCCUUUUGCACAUAAUUGUGUGUUAAAAUGCGUGCUUUCAAAUGCUGCUUUAGCUUGAAGCGAUCAAGAAAACAUCCAGGGUAUGAGGAUCCUAUCAUGCUUGCUUCUGAGACACCGUUUUCUGUCAAUGAAAUAGAGGCUUUGUAUGAUCUAUUCAAGAAGCUGAGUAGUGCCAUAAUUGAUGAUGGUCUAGUUCACAAGGAAGAAUUCCGACUUGCACUUUUUAGAAAUAGCAGUAAGCAGAAUCUUUUUGCAGACAGGAUGUUUGAUCUGUUUGAUGUCAAGAGUAAUGGGGUAAUUGAAUUUGGAGAAUUUGUACGGUCAUUAAGCAUCUUCCACCCAAAUGCUUCUGAAGCUGACAAAAUUAUAUUUGCAUUUAGAUUGUAUGAUCUACGGAAAACUGGCUUUAUUGAGCGUAAUGAGUUGAAGGAGAUGGUAUUGGCUAUUUUGAGUGAAUCAGAUAUGACACUUUCCAAUGAUGAUGUUCAAUCCAUUGUAGAUAAGACAAUGGUUGAAGCAGAUUCAAAAGGAGAUGGAAAAAUUGAUCAAGAAGAAUGGAAGGAAUUCAUAGUGAAGAAUCCAUCUCUCAUAAAGAACAUGACUCUUCCAUAUCUCAAGGAACUAAAUCAAGCAUUUCCUAGCUUUGUGGUGACGAACACUGAAGUUCCAGACUAGAAAUCAGUUCCAAUGAAGACGCAAGGUAUCACAUUCUCCUCCAAUGAGAUGCUGAAGACAAUGACAAAAAACUUUUUAGCCAAAUGCAGCAUAUGAACAUGAAUAAAGAACCAAGAAUUUUAUAGAGAUGCCCUUAAAAGGGAAGGUCAGUGGAAUUAAACCAAAGUAUAUAACAUCUACUACUUUUAACAUCACUUUUAAUUAGCUUACAUCAAAUGAUUUUGAUUAAGACGGUUUGUGUAUUUUGUUCAUAUUGUUAUUAAAACAUCCUGUGAGAUUUGCCAAAAUAAAAUAUAUUCCUUCUGAUGAA